CGAAGAAACAGACUGCUUCAUGGAAAAUAUAACUUUCUGUGAAUUUGCAUUCAAAUAUUAGAAAAGUAGUUCCUUGGUAUCUAAACAAUCCAAGGUCGUCGUUUAGUUUUGAAAUAGCGGAAAGGUUAAAAUGGACACAUCAAAGAAAACAGACCUAGUUUUAAUUGGAAAAACUGGAAACGGUAAAAGCUCAACUGGUAACUCUAUAAUUGGAAGUAAAGUAUUCAAAUCAACUGGUUCCAUGACUUCAGUAACUAAGGACGCCCAGUUUGAAGUUUGCCAAUUUGAAGAUAGAAUAAUAGAUGUCGUUGAUGCUCCAGGAACUAAUGAAACAGAUACUAAAGAAAUGAAGGCAAUAGAAUUGGUUGUAAAUGCAAUUGUUAAAGCUUUAGUCUUAAAUCCCGAAGGAUUUCAUGCAUUUUUGCUUGUUGUUAAAUACGGCGUUCGUCACACUGCAGAGGAGCAAACAGCAAUUAAUAUUUUAAAAGGAAUAUUAGGACAAUCAUUUCUUUAAAAAUUUGGAAUAAUAGUUAUGUGCGGGGGAGACACAUUUGAUUUUGAUAAUGAAAACGAAAAUUUAACAUUUGAAGAUUAUUGCUCCCAACAAGAUGGAUUUUUUAAAAAUCUAUUGAUAGAAUGCGAAGGUAGAAUUGUCUUGUUCAAUAAUACAACAAGAGAUAAAGCUGUAAAAUACCAACAAGUGAAAGAUUUAGUUACAAUGGUGGAUCAACUUCCAUCUAAAGGUAAAAGAUACACAAAUGAACAUUUUAAAGCAGCUAAAAAUGAACGCAAUCGAUUGUAUGUAACGGCCAGUGCCCCUAUGAUUGAAAAAGAAACACUAGUGCAACAUAAAAUAAUCCUUUACAGAAUAAAUCUUAUUCAAAGUGAACCUGGUGAACAAAAGAAAAUUGACCUGUUUAAGCAGCUUUUGUCUCACAUUGAAAACUUAAUUCAAGAAAUAGAAACUAAGGAUAAAGGAACGGGUGCUUUAAUAUUUUUAUUGGAAAAUGUGCAGAUGUGUAGAACAACUGUUAAAGAUCUUAUCGAGUCCUGUGAGGAUGUGAUUCGAGAGAGGGAAACAAUUAAAACAACUGAGGAAAAAUUGGAAAAUGAGAGGAGCGCAGAGUUUGAAUAUUUCAUAGAUAAAAUUGAAAAAGAAAGGGCCGAUGCUAAACAACGUCGAGAAGAACAAAUGGACAAACUUAAUCGUCAGCUAGAAAAUCAAGAAAGGACGUAUCGAGAAAUAAAAACGAAAGCAACUGGAAAUUAUUUUUUAGGUUUAUCAGAUUUUGUAUCGUAUUUAGCAGAUGUAUUCGGGAAAAUUGGAACUUGUGCUAUAAUUGGAGGAGCUGUAGAGGGAGCUAUUUUCGGUUUAGUUUUAGGUGGUCCCAUUGGUGCUAUUGGGGGUGCAAUUGGAGGUGCUAUUUGUAUGGCCGCUACAGCUAGUACAGUGGAUUAUGUGCUCAAAAAAAAGGAAUAGAUAAGACUAAAAAUAUGUUUUAUAUUUUCAAAUAUUAAGUGAUCUGCACGACGCUGUGACUUUAAUUAAAUUAUAAUUAGCAUUACAUAUUAUAUAUUUUCAAAACACAUUUGAGAUUUAAUAAGUGUCUUAUUUUGCGUCGCAAACAAAAAUAAAAAAAUAUUUUAAUUGUUUGCAUUUUUCCUUAAGCACCUAUGUUAAUAUAAAUUUAUGCUUCAUUGAAUUCUAAAUUCCUGUGCUAAAUAUAAACUUUUACUAUAUAUAGCACAAAAUAUCAACGGAAAAAAUUUUUUUCUUAAAUCACGAAUUAAAUCAGGUCGUGGUCCCUCCUAAUCUCCCACAAAAUUAUACUUCGUUGAAAUUAAAUAUUAUAUUAUAACUAUGAUCAACUACUAGUUGGGAUAUAAAGUUCAAUCUCGCGCCCGGGUAUUUUGGCCAACUCUCUUUAGUUGAGCCCACGUAAGCACAGAAGACCUUGCUUCUCCUUUCACGACCAUUCUCAAAUAUUGCUUUUGUCGACCAACUUUAAUUUUCUCAGGGUAUGCUCGAUCUCCAUCUACUUGCGGGCUUUUAUAUCGUUGUCAUUCUGUUCCCGUUUUGUGGUUUGCCACGGGUGAUUUUUUGGUUAUUGUGUUCGACAACGCUUUGUGGCUUUAUUACAAGCUUUUAUUUAACUCACGACCUCUGUCGACAGUCUGUCGUCAGUCUAGACCGAAACGUAGGAGUGAAAAUUCGGAAACUUCUACUUGACCGAUACUAUUCACAUUUGACACGUGGGUCAAGACAUGAAGACAAUGCAAUCUGAAACUAAAUUUGACUUAAUUGUAUGCCUAAUUAAUUUUUUAUGAAUUAAUUAAAAUUUGGACCGAAUUAGUAGGCAUGUCUAUCAAACCACACCACACGCGUCAUCACGUUCAAUAGAAAAUUAUAGAAAAGCAAAUGUAAUCGAUCAAAUGAUUUGUCGCGGCGAGGCAUUGUUUAAAUAGAUAUUUUGGAAUUUUUCCUCAACGGUGACAUACAUCUACGGGAUGUCCAAGGAGUUCACUGUCAAGUUUUUGUUUGUGGAGACAUAAUUAUUUAAAGCAUGUUCAGUUUAAAAAGAACAGUUUCCACACUACAGUAAUAUUAUUUUUCUAGUUGUAGCUAGAGCCUUGAACGUGCCACACUUUGUUUAGUAACGAUAUGCCUAA